CGCAUCGCGUGCGCAGUCCCGCUCCGAUCGUCUCAGCGGCCGCACGCUCACGCCGCGCCAUGACUCGCACAUUGUUCGUUUUUUUAGCGCUCGCCGCCCUCGCUCUCGCCUCCGCCGACUCGCCCCGACCCCGCCUCAUCGACUUCAACCCCUGGUCCUGGCUACCCAACAACCGGAACAAGUCCCCGUCCAUCAUGGACUAUUUCUUUCCCCCGUCCAGAACCCCCAAACAGUCCAAUUUAGACCCGCCCGCUGACAGACAACCCCCUACUCUACAGACUACUAUAGACGAUACACAGACUAUGACGACCCUCCAAGAACGAGAGCGUCCCACGACACUAGCCCGAAAAUCCCACAACAAAAUCAAAACAACCCCCGCCGUCCGUCCGACCGCGUCCACGCCACCGAAAACGAAAAAAUCCACGCAUAAAAUUGUCGCAACCGACACGACCGUUGAGGCGAAAACUACACAAACAUCGAAAACAGAAACAAUGCCGCCGACUACGAACAUUGUAACCACUACGGUUAAGCCGCCGAAACGUUACACUAUAAGGCCAGUGCGUACUACGGAGACUCCGACACUCCAAGACACGGAAUCUACGGUUAAUACGAAUAGCGACAGCACAGAGACAGUAGCAGGGAUCGACACAUCCGGCACGACAUCUGAUGUUACCAAGGAUACUGCUCAGACUCUCACGACUGUUGUGGAGACGAGGCCCACCGAUGGCACCGCCAGCACUGGCGAAGAGUCCACGACGUUGACUGACAGCACCGUGACGGAGCCGGCCGACAGUCGCGAGGGCUACCUACCAUUGCGAGACAAGCCACAGCAAAAUCACGUCAAGAUCAACGAGCAGACAAAUAAAGAGACGGUGCCUCUGCCUGCGGGAUCUACUUCGGUGUUAGCAAAGCCUACCAAGUACCAUUACUAUCCUCACAAUCAGCACAUUUAUCUACUACCAGAAUGCGCUAUUCAACAGGUCUGCAACGCGGUGUACGUGCGGUUGAAUUAUACGCAACCAUUAUGCGCGUGCCCGGCCCGGUACAGAGACCCUUGCUCCGCCAGUUUGAACGCUGAUGACCUGCAUACCACGCGCCUUACGACGGAUUCCAAAAAGAAGUAUGCAAAGAAGGCGGUGACACUGGUGAAGACAUGCGAAGCUGUGUCCGAGAUGCGAGAAUGCCGCGCGCCUAGAGACUGGUCCCUUUUAGCUUUGCAAAAUAUCAGGACCGGAAAGUCACACUAUUUAGUAAUAUGCAGAUGUCCAGAUACCCAUAUACUUGAGGGGCCGAUGUCUCACGAUCAGCCAACGUAUGCGUCUGUGCCAGGAAUAAGAGUUUACGGCAUGAUGUGCGUGCGACAAACUACAAGUUAUCAUUCCGGUUACAGCUCGAACAGAUUCCCAGCGGGCGUCCAAAGCACCACAAGUACGUACAAGGUGGACUAUUCUCAACCGCACUCGUACGACAAGCCAGUGUACAACCGAUACCAGUCGCAUAGUUAUUUAGAUUCAAACUACUACAAUAGGAGAUCUAGAGCCGCACGCGAGAGGCGAACGACUUCAGAAUACCCGCCUUUCCCAUGGUAUAAAGUAAAAGAAUUGGCACGAUCGUUACAUUGGAUCAAUUAAAAGGAAACUAAUGUUAUUGUUAGUAAAAAGUAGGUUGGGCUCAAGACGGCCGUGUAGUUACUGCCUCGUUGAGUUCAACGAAAACUUGAUACACGUUAAGAUGAUAUUUAAUUUUCAAUACGCUUUAGCUUUCUUAUACCAGUUAGUUGAGUAGAUUUUUUUUAUUGUAUUAUUGAAACAAUUACUCAGCCUGAGAAAUACUCGAUUUGCAUUUGUAUUAAGACUGUAAUAGCGAUUUUGUACCUUUAAUCUCUCAAUGUUUUACUUAAUAAGAAGUAUGCUAUAGUAUUAUGUAAUACUUAGGUAAUUUUAGUUUGCCAGGGUGGAACAGCCAUAGUUUUAAGUAAUAAAAUGAACAUCUCAAACUUAGUCAUCGCCCAUGUAAAUGGUGAUCUUCUUUUGGUGAAUUUAAUCAUUUAAGUAAUGUUUAAGUGUACACAAAACAAUGUGAUACAAGUUCAGUGGAUUUUGUGUAUUUCGAUGCAUUUAUAGAUAUUUAAGUCUUAGGUUAACAAGUAUACUAUUUAUAUCACAACCAUACUUAGACAAAUCGCUUUGUAAAUAGUAGUGUUAAUUACAAUAUUUGUAAUUAAAAACGAAUAAAAUUAAUUGAAAACUUAA